AUGGAGUUCAAUCGUGGGCAUAGACAUCCUCAGCCAUCUGACCACUGGGUGAGUGUUCACACACUACGUACUGUCAGUGAGGACUCGAUACUGGAUCCAGACGACACGCUCUGUGAUGUAGUGGACGAUAGAGAACAGCUGGUUGCAGACUUUGAGGAGCAAGGAGGACCCCGCCACCACCACAAUGGAGGUGAUGGACAGAGUGUCAGCUCUGCGGGGACCGCCAGCCCGGAGAUCUUCACCUCCGACCUGACCAAUCACAAGUCAGAUCACCAACGAGGCUUCUCAUUAGACAGCAAUCACGAUGUGAUUGUCACAGAGUCUGAUAUUAAUUCGGGUUCAGGUCUGAAGGUGCGACGGGGCAGUGAGCCAGCCCUCAAUGUGUUGAGUGAUGAUGAGGAGGAGGCUGGGCGGAGUCUGAAACCAUCCAGCAAGAGCCAGGGAGACCUUGCACUGAGACAGGAUGAGACCAGUCCGAGCGAGAAUGAAGCACACAAACCGGUCAUACGGGGUCAGCGAGAGAAAGAGAAGACGCCACCAUUCUCAAGGUUUGCGCGAGACUCCUGGCGACAGUCCCUUGGUAACCAGCCCAACAUGUUCAAGUGGCUUGAGGCCCAAGAGCGACAGGAAGACCGGAUCAAACAGACUGAGAGGCAGGGGCCAGUGGGCAGUGCAACCAGUCCAGAACAUGACACUCCAGUUAUAGCUCUCCCUGCUAAAAAAGAGGUUGGAAUCCUCAUAUGUCUUGUAAAUGAUGGGAGCCCACUGGGUAUCCAUGUUGUUCCACACUUCAACGAAGCAGGACGGGAGAGUGGCCUAUCAGUCCAGGGUAUUGAGGAUGGAGGUCGCAUCAACCGCGAUGGCCGUCUCAAGGUGCAUGAUCGCAUCAUCGAGAUCAAUGGACAUGAUCUCCAUGAAAUAUCCUUCCCAAAAGCUCAGGAAAUAUUUCGAAAUGCAAUGAAGACAGAUGAAGUGAAGUUGAAAGUCGUAAAACACUCAGUGCCACAAAUGCCCAAAAAACUCCCUCCAAUGGUUCUACCCAAGCCAAGGGGUCACUCACCAACUAAGCCCAGUCCCCUAACUUUACCCCCUCAAUCUUACGACCUAGAUUUCCCGGACUCCAGUCCGGCUGAAACCAGUACACCCUUGGAGAAAAAUGGAGAUCACAAUCUACACAACCAAUCAAGUCCAGUGUCUUCCAGUUCUGAAAAUAGUGCAUCAACGAAAACAAACUUUCCUGUAAAGGCCCUUUCCCCUGUGGGUAGACGGAUUUUACCGCCGACUCCUCCCAUGCGACAUCCUUCAACAACUUUGAGCACAGGUGAAAGUGGGUCAGAAGGGAAAAAUAAUAAAAAUAGUGCUGAAACAUCAGACGCAGCAGGAAAGGUUCAAACUGGUGGUCAGGAAAAUAAAAGUGAUAGUGGUGAGAAUAGUGUAAAUCCAACAGCUACUCCUUCGGGAACUUUGACUAAAAAUCGCAAUAAAAAAAUCGCACCAACAAACACUAAGAAAAUAGGCAAGUGUAUCGAGAUUGAACUUGUGAAAGCUCAGGAAGGAUUAGGGUUCAGUGUGACCACACGGGACAAUGCCACCGGCGGUCCCUCACCGAUCUACAUUAAGAACAUCUUGGCGAAAGGGGCUGCUGUAAGUGAUGGACGAUUGAAAGCUGGGGACAGGCUACUAGAGGUUAAUGGUGUAGAGAUGACCGGUAAAACCCAGCGCGAUGCAGUGGCCAUGCUGAGAAACACACCUCUUGGUUCCACCGUUCUCAUCGUGGUCUCUCGACACGAGCUGGAAACAGACGAGGAGGAAACCACGCCCCAGGAUGAGAGGUUCAGGGUGCCCCGACCCUUGCAUGACUCUAACACCAGUGACCUUGAACCCAACUCAAAUGACCUUGAAAACAUUCCCCAAGGUCACCUUGACCUUCAUGACACUGAUGGAAUUUUCCAGCCCCCUGACAAGGCUGGAGAUGAUGGCACGUUGGCGGUGAUGAAAAACAAGGAGCUCAUAGAGUUUAACAUUGCCCUUAACGAUACGGGGUCAGCAGGGUUAGGGGUCAGUGUAAAGGGCAAGACCCUUACGACAGAGGAAGGGACUCGUGACCUGGGGAUUUUCGUAAAAGCUGUGAUAAACGGUGGUGCUGCUUCGAAGGAUGGUCGUCUGCAAGUGAACGACCAGCUUCUUGAAGUGAACGAGGUCUCGCUGAUCAAGCGUACAAACACCGAGGCCAUGGACCUUCUACGUAACGCUAUGCAAAUAGAGGGGCCGGUUCCAGGCAGUAUCAACAUCAAGGUCGCUCGAAGAAUAGGGGCACCAUCUCCCUCACCUUUCACCUCACCAGGAUUGGAGGAAUCCAACUGGGGCGUGCCACCUGGGAAGGAGUUGAAUAACAACGAUUCAUUCGACAAUAAUGAUCAUGUGACUAAGGAUGGGCUUGGCACCCCUCCACGGACAGCCAAUGGGGAUGUGAUGGGGAAUUUUAAAUCUCCUAAUAUGUUCUUGGACAGGAUAAUUGCGGGUAAUGGGCUGAGGAACGAAUCCUACACUCGGGCAACGCAUGAUAGCUAUGUGGACUCACCCGGGCUGCCGGGUAGAAAGAACAUCAUUGACCUUACAAAACAGCGUCCCCGUCCUCACUCAACGCUGGGCAUAGAGCACGGUUCCCCCAGUGAGAGUUCUGACGAGGAGAAUAAGGAACCUGCCUGGAUCAAGGGCCCGGACUGGAACCGGCAUCCAAGCCAGGCUAGCGACGAGAGCGAGCUGACCCCAGUGGGUGAUGGAUUUAGUCGAGACGGUUUCGGUCGACAGAGCAUGUCUGAGAAACGAAAGGGCCAUAUGGAUCCCCGAAGCAGUGAGAUUUAUCAGAAAGUUAGGGGCCUUAAAGAGCUAAAUAAAGGAUCCAUGCAUCAAAGGGGGAAAUCUUACGAUGGCAUUCAGCAGUCGAUACAGAAAUCUGGCAGCUAUCGACGUCUCGUGCGCGCAGAAUCAGCAGAGUCUCUUCUUAGCCGUUCCAACAGCAAUAUCAAUAGCUCGAGAACUCUCGUGCAUGAAAAAUACCGCUCAAACAUUCGAGGACCUAAGCCUCCAACAAAUCUAAAGCGAUUCAGUUCACUGGAAAACCUCUCCACAAUGACUCCGGAUCAAGACCAGAGUACGAGCCUAAGUUACGAUGAUGAUGAAGACGAGGGGGUGAGUCCGGCACCAAGGAUGGCGCGGCGGCGCGGCGGCAACGAAAGUUUCAGAGCUGCAGUUGACCGCUCCUAUGACCCGGUUCCACGGCUGGAUAUGGACACAUCGGGUGAUCUAGUUGCCAGGGAUACCCCAGGGUUACAGCGCAGUCGCUCGGUGGAGGAGGAAGGCAGUGAGGGUGGGUCAGCAGGCUUUGACCCCACAAAUUCUGCAAGGUCAUCCGUUAGUGAUAACGUUUUCGGUGAGGAUGGAAAGAAAAAGGAAGGAAGAACAAGGAAACAAAGAAAUCAGGCGGAUUCCUCAAAGGCUUGUUCAAGUUUGGAGGAGGCAAGGCCAGGUCUAAGACCCCUGUGGAUGAGGUUGGUAAGGGCAAGCUGCAGCUAGGGGUCCACAGGCCCCCUGCCCCUCACAGUACGGGGCUGUCUGCGCCUGUCCUGUCUGGGCCCCGCACGGAGGUCACCGGGCCUCGCACGGAGGUCACCCAUCGGGAACAUAUGGAGUAUGAAGAGCAGAGGU